GCAAGGGCAGCAUCAGGCAGACACUGCCAUCCUCACCAUGAGCCCCUGGCAGCCCCUGAUCCUGGCACUCCUGGCUCUAGGCUCCAGCUCUGCUGCCCCUCAUCAGCGCCAGCCGACUUUUGUGGUCUUCCCCAGAGACCUGAGAACCUCCAACCUCACCGACACAGAGCUGGCACAGGAAUACCUGCACCGCUAUGGUUACACCCUGGCAGCCGAGAUACAGGGAGAGAAGCUGUCCCUGCGGCCCGCUUUGCUGCUGCUUCAGAAGCGGCUGUCCUUGCCCCAGACUGGUGAGCUGGACAGCAAGACACUAGAGGCCAUUCGUGCACCACGCUGCGGUGUCCCAGACUUGGGCAGAUUUCAAACCUUUGAGGGCAACCUCAAGUGGAGCCACCAUAACAUCACAUACUGGAUCCAAAACUACUCCGAAGACUUGCCGCGAGAUGUGAUCGAUGACGCCUUCGCGCGCGCCUUCGCCGUGUGGAGCGCGGUGACACCGCUCACGUUCACCCGCGUGCACGGGCUGGAGGCAGACAUUGUCAUCCAGUUUGGUGUCUCGGAGCACGGAGACGGCUAUCCCUUUGACGGCAAAGAUGGUCUUUUGGCACACGCCUUUCCCCCUGGCCCCGGCAUUCAGGGAGAUGCCCACUUCGACGACGAAGAGUUGUGGUCGCUAGGCAAAGGCGUCGUGGUUCCCACCUACUUUGGAAACGCAAAUGGUGCCCCAUGUCACUUUCCCUUCACCUUCGAGGGACGCUCCUAUUUGGCCUGCACCACAGAUGGCCGCACCGAUGGCACGCCUUGGUGUAGCACUACAGCCGACUAUGACACCGAUCGCAAAUAUGGUUUCUGUCCCAGUGAGAGACUCUACACGGAGCACGGCAAUGGGGACGGCAAAGCCUGCGUGUUUCCAUUCAUCUUUGAGGGCCGCUCCUACUCUGCCUGCACCACUGAAGGUCGCUCGGAUGGUUACCGCUGGUGCGCCACCACAGCCAACUAUGACCAAGAUAAACUGUAUGGCUUCUGCCCUACCCGAGCCGACGCAACUGUAGUUGGGGGCAACUCAGCAGGCGAGCUGUGCGUCUUCCCCUUCGUCUUCCUGGGCAAGGAGUACCCCACCUGUACCAGCGAGGGCCGCAGUGAUGGGCGCCUCUGGUGCGCUACCACUUCGAACUUCGACACUGACAAGAAAUGGGGUUUCUGCCCAGACCAAGGGUACAGCCUGUUCCUAGUGGCAGCGCAUGAGUUUGGUCAUGCACUGGGCUUAGACCAUUCUUCAGUGCCGGAAGCGCUCAUGUACCCUAUGUAUCGCUACCUCGAGGGCUCCCCUCUGCAUGAAGACGACGUGAGAGGCAUCCAGCAUCUCUAUGGUGGUCCUGGCCCUAAGCCUGACCCAAGGCCUCCAGCCACCACCACAGCUGAACCACAGCCGACAGCUCCUCCCACUGUGUGCCCCACUGCACCUCCUGUGGCCUAUCCCACCCGGGGUCCCACGGUUGGCCCUACAGGACCCCCCUCAGCUGCCCCUACAGGUCCCCCUACUGCUGGUCCUUCUGAGGCCACUACAAAGUCUUUGAGUCCAGCAGACAAUCCUUGCACCGUGGAUAUUUUUGACGCUAUUGCGGAGAUCCAGGGCUCUCUGUGUUUCUUCAAGGAUGGUCGGUACUGGAAGUUCCCAAACCGCAGAGGAAGCCCACUGCAGGGCCCCUUUCUUAUUUCCCGGACAUGGCCAGCUCUGCCUGCGAAGCUGGACUCGGCCUUUGAGGAUCCACUGUCCAAGAAGGUUUUCUUCUUCUCUGGGCGCCAAGUGUGGGUGUACAAAGACAUGUCGGUGCUGGGCCCCAGGCGUCUGGAAAAGUUGGGUCUAGACUCAGGGGUAACCCAGAUCACCGGGCUCCUCCCGCGUCGUGGCGGGAAGGCUCUGCUGUUCAGCAGGGAGCGUGUCUGGAGGUUCGACUUGAAGACACAGAGGGUGGAUCCCCAGAGCGUCACUAGGUUGGAUAAGGAGUUCCCUGAUGUGCCCUGGAACUCACACAACAUCUUUCAGUACCAAGACAAAGCCUAUUUCUGCCAGGACCAAUUCUUCUGGCGUGUGAAUUUCCAGGGUGAGGUGAACCAGGUGGACCACGUGGGGUAUGUGACCUACGACAUCCUGCAGUGCCCUGAGAACUAGGGCGCCUCUAGAGACCACCCCAGAAAGAAAGGAGCUGGUUUGCCGGAUACAAACUGGUGAUCUCUUCUUCUAGAGACUGGGCAGGAAUGGCAGCGGGCUGGGCCCUCUCCUCACACUAUUGGACUGUUUCUA